UGGCGGCACCUGGCGCGGGCCGUCCGCAGCAUGAGGGCGAGGGCGGCGGCAGCGAGCUAAGGUGGCGCAGUUGCUGACCGCCUACAGGCCCAGGAUGGUGGCUGCGGAUGAAGACGACGACCCUGCCUGCCCCGCCAACGCCAAGCGGCCCGCGGCCUUCCAGAGCCGCCUUCCUGGCCUGCCCGGCGCCGCCACCUACAACCAGGUGCACGAUGUCGACAACCCGCUCGUCGUCCAGGACCCACCUCCCCCCGCACCCGCCGUGGCCGCCCCCCUGGACAAGUCCGAGAUCCGGAUACGCGUGGGCCUGGGGGGCGGCGGCGGUGGGGGCGGGGGUCUCGGCCUGGAGGCGGCCGACAGCGACGGCGCGGGGGACUCGCUCGGCGGGGAGGUGAUACCACACGGGUACCAGCAAAUGGUGCCCCUGGACCCCGACGAGACGACCGACUCGACGGGCUUCCUGACGGCGCCGAGGCACAGCAGGCCGCCCAGGAAGAGCUCCUCGCUGCUGGCCGCCGUCACCCUGGCCGCCAUCUCGGGGGACCCGCCGCCCCGGGAGACGUGGAACAAGAAGGUGGAGUUCCUGCUGGCCGUCAUCGGCUUCGCUGUGGACCUGGGCAACGUCUGGCGGUUCCCGUACAUCUGCUACGCCAACGGUGGAGGUGCAUUCCUCAUCCCCUACUGCAUCAUGCUGGUGUUCGGCGGCAUGCCCCUUUUCUAUAUGGAGCUGGCGCUGGGGCAGUUCCAUCGUUGCGGCUGUCUCACGUUGUGGAAGAAGAUUUGUCCAGCGCUCAAAGGUGUGGGCUACGCCAUCUGCCUCAUCGACAUCUACGUGGGCAUGCACUACAACACCAUCAUCGGCUGGGCGCUGUACUACCUGGUGGAGAGCUUCCAGUCCGAGCUGCCAUGGACGUCGUGCAACAACACCUGGAACACGCCCAACUGCACGCCCGUCGUCGGGGAGCAGUUCAACUACUCAACCAGCCCGGCCAAGGAGUUCUUCGAGCGCAGCGUGCUGGAGCAGCAUCUGUCCGACGGGCUGGACCGCAUGGGCCCCAUCAAGUGGAGUCUGGCGCUGUGCGUGUUCGGCGUGUUCGUCCUCGUGUACUUCUCGCUGUGGAAGGGCGUCCGCAGCACGGGCAAGGCGGUGUGGGUAACCGCGCUGGCCCCCUACGUGGUGCUCUUCAUCCUGCUGGCCCGCGGCGUCACCCUGCCCGGCGCCGACGUGGGUAUCCGCUACUACCUCACGCCGCAGUGGGAGAAGCUCAAGGAGUCCAAGGUGUGGAUCGACGCGGCCUCGCAGAUCUUCUUCUCGCUGGGCCCCGGCUUCGGCACGCUGCUCGCCCUGGCCAGCUACAACAAGUUCAACAACAACUGCUACAGGGACGCCAUCCUGACCAGCUCCAUCAACUGCCUCACCAGCUUCCUGGCCGGAUUCGUCAUCUUCUCCGUGCUGGGGUACAUGGCCCACAUGCAGAACAAGAGCGUGGCCGAGGUGGGACUUGACGGCCCCGGCCUCGUGUUCAUCGUGUACCCGGAGGCCAUCGCCACCAUGACGGGCUCCGUCUUCUGGUCCAUCAUCUUCUUCCUUAUGCUCAUCACCUUAGGGCUGGACUCGACGUUCGGGGGUCUGGAGGCCAUGAUCACGGCGCUGUGCGACGAGUACCCGCGGCUGCUGGGCCGGCACCGGGAGAUCUUCGUGGCCGUGGUGCUGGUGCUGGUCUACCUGUGCUCGCUGCCCACCUGCACCUACGGCGGCGUGUUCCUGGUCAACCUGCUCAACGAGUACGGCCCCGGCAAGUCCAUCCUGUUCGUGGUGUUCGUGGAGGCGGCCGGCGUCUGCUGGUUCUACGGCGUGGACCGCUUCUCGCGCGACAUCGAGAAGAUGCUGGGCUUCCGUCCGGGGAUCUUCUGGCGCUGCUGCUGGACCUUCAUCAGCCCCGUCUUCCUUCUGGUGAUCUUCAUCUGCUCGCUGUUGGGAGACACAGACGACGCCAACAAGUACCCGCCGUGGGCCAUCAGCGUGGGCUGGGUGUUGACGGCGUCCUCGCUGCUCUGCAUCCCCGUCUACAUCAUCUACAAGUUCUCCAUCACGUCGGGCAACUGUUCGCAGCGAGUCAAGAUGAUCUGCGUCCGGAGGAGACCCCCGAGGAGACGGCGCUCAACGUCAACUCGACGUACGGCACCGGGACGCACGUCUGACUCGAGGGCGGCCAGGCACCGCACCCCUUGCCCGGCGUCAAGGUGCUGCGCCAGGACCACCAGGACGCGUGCACCUGGGUCAUCGAGUGGCUGGUGUAGGUGCGUGUCUACGCAUUGGCCAUUGGCGGUGGAGGCGGCGAUGUUACGUAAUACCUGGACGCGAGGUGGCGGGCCGGGCGGGCCGCUCGCUGACUGGGGCUGCAAAUAAUUGACCGGCGUUCCCGGCGGACGGCGAGGCGGCGGAGCUCGAGAACAAAUACUCCUGCCUGACGAGGCGAGGCGGCUGCGGAAUAUCUCGCUAAUCUGUUUUCCCGGGUUUUCGCCGCUUUUCCCCGGUUUUCCCUGGUUUUGCCGGGGCUGAGGGUGGGGGGCUGGCGCGCCGACGGCGGCCGGGACUCGGAGAACGCUCCGGCCGGUGUCAGCGCGUAUUGAUGUAAACGACCGCCACGGCGUCGUCGUCGGCGUCCUGGAGUAUCGCCAUUCCGGCCACGCCACUGCGAGCGCCGCCAGCACCUCCGUCAUUCAAUUUAGCUCGCCCUCCAAAUCCCCACGCCGCCUCGGCCCGCCUUGGCGCCGCCCUCCAGACCUCCAGGACCACCUCUGGAGCGCCGCGUCUUGAAUAGCAGCGCCGCGACGACUUUGGGACGACCACCGCGCCACCGCCCCACCGCGCCAUUUCCCAAUGUCCGGAAAAUUGGGAAAAUUCGCUCAUUUCCGUAAUGAGGAAUGAGUCGGCCGAGCUUUCCUUUCCCUCCGCGGUUGUGUGCCGGGGACUCGGAGGCGUCCUGGCGGCGUCCUGGCGGCGUCCGGGACCCAAGUUCGCUGGCGAGAGGGGGUCCGAAGCUGCGGAUGCGUCUCUGGUUCUCACUUUCUCGCGCGUGCGGCACACUAGGCCACAGAGAACACGGCACGUUUUGAUGGUGGGGCGGGAAAAAGUGGAACCUGUAACUGAGUAGUAGCGAUCUGGACAACGUUUUCAUGGCAAUGUCUUCUUGUUCUUCUCUUGCUUCGAACGCUUUGAAGGUACAUCCCCGAAACAUGGUAGAGCUUCAUGAUAAAUUCAUAUUCAUAUCUAGCUUGAAGUUUUAGAAAUAUUUAUUAGAAAUGUCGACAACGGCAUUGUUACUAUUUCCCUGUGGUCGAACUCGCUUCUCACUUUAGUGCCGCUGAGAAGGCAGGGGUUAUUCGCAGGGGGUAUUCGCGAAGAGACAACGUCUCUCGCUCCGGAAGUAUCUAAGCGCGGCGCUACCCCUCGCUGAGGCGCGGCGGCGCGCCGCUACCCCUCGCCGAGGGCACCCCUCUGCUCAGCCCACAGCUUUAGUGGAAUCAAGUUGUCAAUGGUUCCGUCUAGUUGAGAUAAUGUGAUCAUUCUAUUGUUGUUGGCCGACUGUUUUGUUUUUAUACAUACUCAAAAAAAAUUAGAAUAGUGAGGAAGUAACGAAAACGUGUGUGCAUUCUUAACGCACUAAACACAUUGCUGUCGCUACAAUACAAACCGUAAUUAUCGAGUAGAGUACAACUUUGUAGAGUAAAAAUGUAUAUUACGUAAUGUUUACAGAUAUUCAGGGCAGAUAUGUAUUUCUGAAACGACAGAUCCAUAAUCAGGUGAGCUCUCUGUAGGGAAAUUGAACUUUCGUCAUCAACAAACUAAGAGCAUGAACAAAAACAAACAUUGCCUGUCCAUGCAGAAAGAAAUAAAAGAAUUUAGAGAGAAACUUCAUGGCCUAAAAUUGGGUGCCAGUUAAAGACCUAGAUUAUAGUAUUUACUAUUUAUACCACUGUGUAUCAUGUAUCAUAUUGGUUCGGUAGGCUCUAAUAUUUAAAGCAGAAGUCUUCCUUACUGCUGUGUGCAUACAUGUAUAUUAACGUACGUUUAAUGGAAGUAGCAUGUUACUUAGUUCCUAUUUGAUGAACUCACAUUGCCUUGGGCGAUUCACAGCCAGAAUCGGCCAGGGCAUUUAUUCUGUACAAUAUUCGUAAAUUAUGGGUCGGUACGAUUAGAUUGUUGAAAGUAGUUGUGAAGUAGAUUGUGUGUUCAUUAGUCGUAUCACACUUGUAAUUAUGGGUCCUCGCCCAAUCUGUAGACUUUGUAGUCCUGUGGUUGUGAGCUAUGGGCUGUCGUUGAAGAACACGUAGCUCACAAUACCGCGUCGCGCUCUCGUAGCUGAAUCGCUUGUACGGUGUUAUAUGUACGUUAUGUCAAAACGUAACUUGUGUAAUUUUUUUAAUAAAAUAAAAAAAGGUUCAAACCUA